AUGAAUAUCGACUCCAGUGUGGAAGAGAUCGUAGAGAAGAUUGACGGAUUUUAUGGCACGGUAGAGUCUGGUGCGGUACUACUCCAGCAGUUAUAUUCCAGUAGACAAGGAACGGAGGAGUCGGUCACUGCUUAUAGCGCUAGACUCCAACUUGCCAUAGAUAAAGUUGAACUUCGGAAGGGAAUCUCUCCCAUGGCCAAAGAUGAGACCCUUAGAGUUGUCUUUUGGAAGGGGAUGUCCAAUGAAGUGUUAAAACAAGCCAUACGGCACAAAUAUGACCUAGUCAGGUCAUUUGAUGAAUUAAUCAGGGUAGCUAGGCAGGCUGAACAGGAACAUGAAGACUUUGAGAAGUUUCAUAGGCAAGUGCAGUCUAAAUCAGAUGGUAGGAUAGGUGUAGUGAAGAAUGCUUCAAAGAAAGCUGUUAGGAUCCCCGCUAACCAUGCAAUGGUAAUAGAAGGUCCAAUUCAGACUAGUCAGCAGCAUGUAGACACAUGUGAUGCUAAUAGGACGGGUGGAUUGAGUAUAGAAGGGUUAGAUUUCUCAGAGUCUCCUGCUUCAAGUGAAGAUGUAGAUAAGGUGAGGAAUAUCCUUAGAAACUAUCCACGUGCCUUUAGCCAGUCUGAUACUGACUUGGGACAUAGUAAUAUAGUUACACAUAACAUUCCCCUAACAGAUCAACAGCCAUUCCGAGAGAGAUAUCGUCGUAUACCCCCAGCCAUGUAUGCAGAGGUGCGUGAGCAUGUACGUUCAAUGCAUGAGGCUGGUGUGAUUAGGGAGUCAUUUUCACCGUAUGCCAGUCCUGUAGUGUUGGUUAGGAAGAAGGAUGGAUCUUUAAGGUUCUGUAUUGACUUUCGUAAACUUAAUCAACGUACAGUAAGGGAUUCUUAUGCUUUGCCUAGAAUUGAUGAAACUCUACAGAUGAUGCAGGGUGCUAGGUGGUUCAGUUCUCUUGAUCUCAAGUCAGGUUACUGGCAACUAGAAAUAGACGAACGUGACAAACAAAAGACUGCUUUUGUGCUCCCCCCUCCUCUUGGAUUGUGGGAGUGCAAUCGUAUGCCAUUUGGUCUCUGUAACGCGCCUAGUACUUUCCAGCGCGCGAUGGAGAAAUGUCUUGGCGAACUCAAUCACACUGUGUGCGUCGUCUACUUAGAUGAUAUUAUCAUCUACAGCAAGACGAUGGAAGAGCAUGUUGUGAGGCUAGAAGCUGUAAUCCAACGUCUAUCUGACCAUGGGUUCAAGUUGAAGGCCUCAAAAUGCAAGCUCCUACAGACCAGAGUGAAGUACCUUGGGCACAUCCUCACAUCAGAGGGCAUAGGUACUGACCCCGACAAGACUGAAUCAGUUAGAAGUUGGCCCACCCCUAAGAACGUUAAAGAACUUCGAUCUUUCCUUGGCCUAGCCAGUUACUAUAGGAAAUUCAUCCCCAAUCUAUCUAAAAUAAUGAGCCCUAUGCUCGAUCUCCUAGAUGACCCUAAGAAACGUAAAGGUAAAGUAAAUAGGUCCCCGUCUCAUUCCCCUCCCUGGAUUUGGACUAGAAGACAUGAUGAAGCAUUCUUAGAAGUAAAGAAUAAAUUGAUCAGUGCCCCUGUCCUUCAGUACGUGGAUUUCUCCAAGCCUUUCCUAUUACAUACAGAUGCUAGCACCACUGGAUUGGGAGCGGCACUGUACCAGUUGGAUGAAGAAGGUAGGGAGAGAGUGAUUGCGUAUGCGAGUCGUACAUUGAACAAGAGUGAGAGAAAUUGUACUGCCCACAAGUUAGAAUUCCUUGCAUUAAAAUGGGCUGUGACUGAAAAGUUCCAUGAUUUUCUGUAUGGUAACAAGACUCAUGUUCGAACUGACAAUAACCCGCUGACUUAUGUUCUCACAACAGCUAAACUAGAUGCCACAGGGCAUAGGUGGUUAGCAGCCCUGGCCAAUUAUGACCUUACCCUCACAUACAGAUCAGGCAAGAUGAAUAUUGAUGCUGAUGCUCUCUCUAGACGCCCCUCUAAUGUGCCCCCUUCAGAUACCCCUCCUGACACUACAUGCUCUAAAGAAACCUUUGAGGCAGUAGUAGACUAUGCCCUUAAUGUAGAUGUAGAAAACAGUCCCUUUGUAGAAAAUGUAGGGCAGCAUUCUGUAACUGUAGUUGGUGAUGUAGGACUGGAAGAUAGGGCAUCUGAUAAUCUAUUUACUAGUGGACCGCCAGAUUGGACUAAGGAACAAGGUAUGGAUCCAGUUAUCAGUAGGGUGAUAGAUUAUGUCAAACAAGAUGUCUGUCCAUUGAUUAAUCGAAGAAGAGAAGAAAGUAAGGAUGUUCAAAUCGUGCUUAGAGAAUGGGAUAAGUUAGUGCUAAAGAAUGGGGUACUCUAUCGUAGGAGAAUAGUCGAAGGAAUUCAUAAAUCUAGGACCACUCCUUACCAUCCACAAGGUAAUGGCAGUUGUGAGAGGAUGAAUCGCACCCUACUUAGUAUGCUAGGCACUCUGACGGAGGACAAGAAAUCCGACUGGAAGUCUUAUGUAGCUCCAUUAGUCCAUGCAUACAAUUGUACAAAACAUAGUGUAACCGGCUUCUCACCCUUCUACCUCAUGUAUGGCAGACACCCCCGCCUACCCAUAGAUAUGUAUUUAGGACUAGAUGCUAGGGAUGAUAAUGACAAUUCAAGUGCCCCUGAGUAUGUAACGAGACUUCGAGAUAGACUAGACUAUGCUUACAAGAUCACGUCUGAGAGAAAUGGCCAAGUAGGAGCUAAAAACAAAGGAAGGUAUGACCAGAAGUUGAAAGAGAACAAAAUUCAAGUAGGAGACAGAGUCUUAGUUAAGAUCAAGGGUGUGAAGGGAAAGAACAAGUUAGGUGAUAUAUGGGGCAAGGAUCCUCAUAUUGUUGUAGAGCAACCCAAUGUAGAUAUACCUGUGUUCAAGGUGACGAGCAAGAGACCGCCUCUAUUGAAGAGGAGGACUGUCCACCGAGACAGUCAAAAAGAUGUUCUCGUAAACCUGAUCGGUUAA